AUGCGCCUCUGGCUGCCGCACAACGCCCCACCCUCGGCGCCGGCGGCGGUGUGCCUCGCUGGCCAGCUUCGCGUGCUCUCCAACGCGUGGCUGCAGGACAACCUGCUCGACGCGGUCCUACGGCCGCUUCGGGCGGCCCUCUUCAUGCACGUGAGCCGGCAGUCGCGGUCGUGCGGAACCCGAGGCAUGCGCUGGACCCGCGUGCUCGUCGACUGUGCGUCGCCCGCCGCCCUCACCUCGCGGGCGGCGCUGGACGCCAUCGUCCACCGGAUCGCGCCGGCGAGCAUGUCGCUGCUGGACGACGAGCUGCUGCUGCGGCAGCACAAGCUGAGCGUGGCAUCGGCUCCAGGCGUGUUCAGGCGCACUGCAGUCGGCUGCCCAUACUCCACCUGCGCACCGCUGCUGCUUCGCUACGCGGGCUGCGCGAGCGACGUCGAGCGCUUCGAGGCAGAGCGAGGCCAGCAGUUCCGUUGGAUCGUGCGCGCGCGCCCCGACCUCCUGCUCUGCAUGCCGGAGCCGCCGAGGACGGACCGAGAGCCUUCGCGGCUCGAGGCGAGCAAGCACUGCACGGUGCGAAAGCAGCUGGGAAGUCCCGGGCCAGAGUGUCCGAGCAUGAAGGACGGCGACGAUGACUAG